AUGGCAUCUGAGAAGUGGGUCAUGGCAGUUUUUGUAGUGCAGCUUUGCUGUGAUGGCUAUGGCUUGUGUGACAAGGUCCUUGUGUGGCCCUGUGAUAUGAGUCACUGGCUGAAUUUAAAGACUAUCCUUGAAGAGCUUGUGGAUAGAGGACAUGAGGUGACAGUCCUGAAAUAUUCCAUUAUCAUGAUGGAUCAGAAUAAACAUUCUGCACUUCACUUUGAGAACAUCCGUCUGUCUAAUGGGGAAGAAGCUUCCAAAAUUCAUAUAAAUGAACUAGUGAACCUAGUUGUGAAUGUCAUUCCAAACUUGCCAGUUUGGAGAGGAGCAACAAAAUUUCAGGAAUUCUUUUUCCAUCUGACUCAAGAUAUCUGUAGGAGUGUAUUGUACAACCAGACAUUCAUGAAUGAGCUCCAAGACACAAAAUGCGAUGUAAUGGUUAUAAAUCCUGUAGUUCCCUGUGGAGAGGUGAUGGCUGAGUUGUUUCAGGUCCCAUUUGUGAAUACCCUGAGUUUCAGCAAUGGCUACACCCUGGAGAAAUACUGUGGCAAGCUUCCAGUUCCCCUGUGCUAUGUACCAGUUAAUAUGGGUGAACUAACAGACAAUAUGACCUUCACAGAAAAGGUGAUAAAUAUGAUUCUGUCAUUGUUUUUUGAAUUUGGACUUCAGCAGUAUGACUUUGCAUUCUGGGAUAACUUUUAUAGUGAAACCCUAGGAAGAUCCACUAUAUUCUGUGAGACCAUCGGGAAAGCUGAAAUUUGGCUAAUCAGGACAUAUUGGGAUUUUGAAUACCCUCGUCCACAUUUACCAAAUUUUCAGUUUGUGGGAGGACUGCACUGUAAAUCUGCUAAGCCAUUACCUAAGUCUGUGAAGAAGAUAUUAGGUAUUUCAUGA